UGACUAAUAAUGUAAUUCAUAUAAAUGAUCAUUUAUUAAAUAACUCACACUCAGAUUCCGGACAGUUAUUAAAGUGAGGUGGGAGACUGUAUUAUAUUUAUUUGUGUUUGAUGAGAGGAAGUGUAGCACGAGGCUAACAGUUAGCACUGUGUGGCUUUGCGCCGCCAUGACUGGAAUUGAACAUCACCAGGAUUUUUAGGAUCAAGUUUCAUGAGAAGAGAUUUUAUUUAUUCAAUUAAAGUUAAAGUCAGUUCACAUCAUCAUGUAGUGAGCCAUGGCGCGCGAGCGGGUGGUGCAGAAGAAGUCAUUCCAGCAGAGUCUGGACGACAUUAAGGAGAAGAUGAAGGAGAAGCGGAACAAGCGCCUGGCGAGCGCGUGUGCUGCAAGUCGAGGACUUUCUAAACUGAAGACCACCGCCUCGGUGAAGCCAUUUGUCCUGAAAAGUGUGCAGGUGAAUAAUAAAGCGCUGGCCCUGGCUCUGCAGGCGGAGAGAGAGAAGCUACGGCAAGCACAAGGGAUCAUUCUGCAGCUGAAGAAAGAACGCCAGGCCCUCAUCUUCCACCUGCUGAUGAUGAAGAGGGCUCUGAGUGCAGGGACCAUAGCCAAAUGUGCACAGACGUCUUCUUCAGAGGAGCCGCAGUUAGUCCUCGUCCUGUCUCCCAGCCCGAGGGGUGUGGAACAAGCUGAGGUGGUCACUGGGGAAGAGGAACUCCGCCCUUUUGAGUCUCUCACACAGCAGGGGGAAGUAGACGAGGCUCUGGGAGGUUCCACUAAUACUACGGCCUCACUGCCUUCCACUGUCGGAAUGCGACGUCGUCGAGAUGGAAGGAAACGUUCUGAGCGAAGGCGGAGCUCACUAUUUAACCCCGCCUCUGUUGAUGCUUGUGUAAUGGAAGAGGUGGAGCCUCAGAGCUCUGACAUGGCUGAGUGUCCUGAGCGCCACCUCGAUGCAGGCAUUACAGAACGUACCAGCACUGAUGUCGCUGAGCAUGUAGCUCCUGCUGAAAACACUGCAGCUGGCGGUCAAAGUUCACUCCGGAAAGAUUCAGUUGAUGCAUUUGACUCUGAACUUUCGGACCUCGCAGCCGUGCAGCACUCGACUCCGGAGCCUCCACAGCGCUGUGUGUCCAGACAGACGAAACGGAAAGUGGUUCAGUCGGCUACCAAGCCAGAGCGUGGACGCAGAGUGGAGCGUGCACCGCUGAAGAAACCCUGGGAGAAGCCGCGUGCUCGUUCUAAGAGUCGCACGACGGCGGCCGGUUCUGUUCCCGCUUCCAGUGACCGCUUAAACUCGUCCCUUGGCGGUAACGACACGUUCGACUUCGACUGCGAAGAAGCCAUUCAUGUCACGCCGUUCCGAGGAGGAGGCAAACCCUCAGAAGCCCCUCCCUCUCCUAUCAUAGUUCCAUCCCCUGUUGCUCCGCCCCCUCCCGCCCCAGCAAGUGAGGACUCUCUCCCUUCAGAAGCCGAGCAGGACGCAGACGACAGUCUGUACGUACCGGAAAGGAAGUUGAGACGGACUCGUGAUCCUCCACCACGCCGCGCUCGCUCUAAGAGAAGGUCCGCUCAGACGAGAGGGAAGGAGAACACCAGGCCAAAACAGAAGCACACGGUUCCAGAGAGAUCUGGAAACGUCAAAAAAUGUGCCGAAGCUGAACAUGUCCCGUUGUCGAGCAAAGCAGAGCUACAUCUUCCACACUCCCCUGCUGCAGAGCUGCACUUAACUGAGGCUCAUGUAUCUUUUCCUGCUGUGAAGUGUAACCCAUCAAAUCCAGACCAGGAGUUUGCAGAAGCUGCUGUGUCUGGAAAGAAAGUGUCGUCUCCUCCACCUGAAAUCACUACUGCAGACGUGGGGCUUGUAAUUGACAGUCCUCUGUUUGAAUUGACAAACUGUCCAAACCAAUCAUCAGAGCCGGAGAACAUCAUGUCUGUGGUGAUGGACAAGUCAAGGAGGAGAAAAGGUGGUCUUGUAGUUCGCUCCUGUCUGGGCUUGGCUUUGAAUGAUGUGACCAAUCUCUCUCCUGCAGCCUAUCAGAGGCCUCUCUUGGGCAGAGACUCCACCCCCGGCCUCACCCGCAAAAGACGCUGCACGGGUGUAGUCAGCUACAAAGAACCGUCAAUCAGCUCGAAGCUGCGGCGUGGAGACAAGUUCACAGACACUCGUUUUCUGCGCUCGCCCGUCUUCAAACAGAAAUCUCGACACUCCCUUAAAGCCAUGGAGAAAUACAACGAGUCGUUUGUGGGCUGUCUCUGAACAUUUUACCCUUUUUUUUUAUUACUCCUUUAUGACUUUUAAAUAGUUUUUACUAUGUAAAUGUAUUCUGUGUGUGAUUUUAGUGACAAACCAUGUAAAAUAAAGUUAGUUUUUUUAAUCAUGUUUGGGGGAAAAUGUCUGCCAGCAAAGCAAACAAAGAUUAUAAAUGGUACAUAUAAACCCCUUUGCAGUGAUAGAUAGAUAGAUAGAUAGAUAGAUAGAUAGAUAGAUAGAUACAUAGAUACAUAGAUACAUAGAUAUGUAAUGUAUAUAAAAUUAUGCUCAGGAUAAAAGUACAACAUGGAUUAUUCAACUAAAUGAAUUAUAAGAUAUUGAUUUGUUUGAUCAGGUUACUCUGUUUAUUAUACUAAAUGUUCAUCAUGAACAUUAACAGCUAGAUGUUUUUGUUUAUAGUGCAAAUAAUUUUUUUUGAGCACUUUCUCUAAUGGAAUUUAUAUUCCAGAUGUAGAAAACUUUGGGCUCGUCCGGGAUUUGAACCCGGGACCUCUCGCACCCUAAGCGAGAAUCAUACCCCUAGACCAACGAGCCGCUGGAUAAUGUUCCUAGAGGUUCAUAUCUCCUGCCACGUGCACGUCCGCGGUCUGGAGGUAGGACACGAGUCUGUUACUUGGGGUGUGUUUCAUGCGUCACCUGGUGUUGAAAAACAGAACUGCAACUUUACUGUUUCCUUUCAUUCGUUCACAAAACACAAAUGUUGGUGCCUCCGUGUAUUUCUCCUUUCCUAACACUUGUACUCGAGAAUUAACAACAUAAACUAUGAAAAAGCUAAAGAGAACUACACAUUUAAAAUAGAAGUUGUACAUGUAAAUUGAAGUAACAUAGCAUUAUGAUGGGAAUAAAAGAUGUGGAGGAAAAUAACGGAAUAUGAAUAUAGAAAUAGUCCACACAGUCUGAUAUUUUGAUGCAUACAUACAUUUGCAAAGCAAUUAGAAUAAAUUAUUAUUUCUACAGUUGCUAAAUUGAAGUAAGAUAGAUUAUUAAAAUAAUAAACUUGAGUAUGAGCAGUGAUAGGACUCUCUGUGGAGGCAUUCUUUAUGCAGCAUGUGCAGCCUGAUGAAAAGUAAAAAAAAAAAAAAAAAAAAA